CCCUCUCUGGAACAGGCACUGUCUGCCAGUGGCAGGCAAGACUCUCCAAUGUCCUCUCUCUUCCAGAAGAAGAACCGUAGCCAUGGUGAACUCGGGUCUGUGGGCAACAGAAGUAAGAAUGUCUAAGCCCCUGGAGUUGGAGAAGGCGCGGCUGGAGCUGCAAGAGGAGCACACAGAUACGGAAAGAAAUGGACCUGACACAAACCACCAGACCCAGCAGAGCAAACCUUCCCCGUUCUCCCCAUCCCCAACCAGCACCGGCACCAAGAUCAAAGCUGAAGACCCCACAGAAAUGCCUCCAGCCCCAGCCCCGGCCCCGGCUCCGCCAGCUCAACAGCCACACCUACCCCAGGCCCAGCUUAUGUUAGCUGGGAGCCAGCUUGCUGGGCUUACGGCCCUGAUGCCCGCCCAACAGCAGCUGCUUCUGCAGCAGGCCCAGGCCCAGCUUCUGGCAGCCGCCGUGCAGCAGUCCAAUGCCGCUGCCGCCGCCGCUUCCUCUCAGCAGCCUGGGGCUGAGCUGCCGGCGCCACAAAACCAGCCCCAGACACCUCAGCUUGCCCUGUCUCAGCCAAUCCAGCUCACUGCACAGGACAUUCAGCAGUUGCUUCAGCUCCAGCAAUUAGUCCUCGUCCCAGGGCACCACCUCCAGCCGCCUGCACAGUUCCUGCUGCCACAGGCCCAGCAGGGACAGCAAGGGCUGCUCCCAACACCAAAUCUCUUUCAGCUACCUCAGCAAAACCCAGGGAGCCUCCUGCCGAACCAGCCUCGUGCAGGACUCCCAGCACAGCCGCCCAAAUGCCUGGAGACCCCAUCACACCCUGAGGAGCCCAGUGACCUGGAGGAGCUGGAGCAGUUUGCCCGCACCUUCAAGCAGCGGCGUAUCAAGCUGGGUUUCACGCAGGGUGAUGUGGGGCUGGCCAUGGGGAAGCUUUAUGGGAAUGACUUCAGCCAGACAACUAUCUCACGCUUUGAGGCACUCAACCUCAGUUUCAAGAACAUGUGCAAGCUCAAACCUCUGCUGGAGAAAUGGCUCAAUGACGCUGAGACAAUGUCUGUGGACUCCACGCUUCCCAGUCCCAACCAGCUGAGCAGUCCUAACAUGGGCUUUGAUGGGCUACCAGGCCGGCGCCGCAAGAAACGGACCAGCAUUGAGACCAAUGUCCGCUUCGCAUUGGAAAAAAGCUUUCUCGCGAACCAGAAGCCUACCUCAGAGGAGAUCCUACUUAUCGCCGAGCAAUUAAACAUGGAGAAGGAGGUGAUUCGCGUCUGGUUCUGCAACCGCCGCCAGAAGGAGAAGCGGAUCAAUCCUUGCAGCUCUGCUCCCAUGUUGCCUGCCCAGGGCAAGCCUCCGGGCUACAACCCUCACUUGGUGACCAGCCCAGGCACCGGCACAAGUCUGCCCCUCUCCCAGGCUUCCAGUAGUCUGAGCACAACAGUUACUACCUUGUCCCCAACAGUCUGCUCCCUGACCUCCAGUCGGACAGUGGUGGGGGCAGGCGGCACCCCCCUCAACUCGGUCACGCCACCCCCAAGCAACAGCACAAAUCCCAGCCCCCAGAGCAGCACUCACCCGGCUAUCAGCUUGCAAGGCCUGAAUCCCAGUACAGGAAGCACAGUGCUAGGGGUGAAUGCAGGGUUAAACCCAGCGCUAAUGGCCACCAACCCGCUGGCCACCAUACAAGCAUUGGCCAGUGGUGGAAGCCUGCCGAUUACCAGCCUUGAUGCCAGUGGUAACUUGGUGUUGGGUACCAGUGCAGGCACAACCGGAAGCCAGAGCAUCGUGACCUCGUCGCUCUUCCUCAACCAUGCAGGCCUGCCCUUGCUGAGUGCUGCCCCAGGAGGCGUGGGGCUGGUGUCGGCGGCCGCUGCAGUGGCUGCCUCGAUGCCCAGCAAGUCCCCCACCCUGACCUCCUCCUCUUCUUCCUCCUCUUCCUCCUCCUCCUGUUCCUCAUGCAGCUCCUCCAGUGACGUGGCGCAGACUCUGGGGCAGGCUGGUCCCGGAUCCACCGAGCCGGAUGCCAAGACAGAAUGAGGGCUGAGGAACCUCCUCACUGCCUUUCCUGACACGGUGGGGGUGGCAAGGAGUUGGACGUACAAACCGGCGAGUGAAACCAAAAAAAAAAACCAAACAAAGAAAUGUCAGCAACAGCCAAACGAAAAACCAACCAAAAAUAACCCAAAGCAACCAAACAAGGAAAGCAAAAAGGGACAAAGGAAGAAACCAAAAAGAAUUCCCCAAACUUUUGGCG